AUGGCCAGCAGUCUGAGGAUUUUGGUCCCCGUGAAGCGGGUGAUUGACUACGCAAUCAAACCACGCAUCAACAAAACACAGACCGGGGUAGAGACAGCAGGCGUGAAACACUCUCUAAACCCGUUCGAUGAAAUCAGCGUCGAGGAAGCCGUUCGCCUUCGCGAGAGAAAAGGUCCGUUAAAAGUCGACAGUAUCCUGGCCCUUUCGGCCGGUGGCGCAAAAUGCGCCGACACCCUGCGCACGGCCAUGGCGAUGGGAGCCGACAAGGCAUUGCACAUCGAUGUUCCAGAAUCCGCCGAUGGCGGGCCCGAGCCAUUAACCAUCGCGAAGCUGCUACAGGGCGUCGUGCAGAAGGAAAAUAUCAACUUGGUCCUGCUAGGCAAGCAGGCCAUCGAUGGCGACCAGGGACAAACGGGACAAAUGCUGGCGGGAUUGCUGGGCUGGUCGCAGGCGACUCAGGCCAGCAAAGUCGACAUCAAAGACGAGAGCGGCACUGUCGAGGUCACUCGCGAAGUCGACGGCGGUGUCGAGACGCUAAAGGCCAAGCUGCCCAUUGUUAUUACCACUGAUCUCCGACUUAACGAGCCACGAUAUGCUAGUCUACCCAACAUUAUGAAGGCCAAGAAGAAGCCUCUCGAGAAGAAAUCGCUGGCGGACUUUGGCUUGGAGGAUAAGCGACGCCUGAAGACUAUCAAGGUUACAGAACCACCCCCAAGGCAAGGCGGCGGUAAGGUCGAGGAUGUUGACGGACUGGUCUCUAAGCUCAAGGAACUGGGGGCUCUUUAG